CUGACCAGGUACUCAACAGUACUUUGCGAUACUUGUCCCGGUUCAUCUGCCUCACUAUUGCCAUUUACGUACGCCAUACAAUCCUACUCUACUCUACUUUACAUUGACAGUUCCAUCCUCCAACCACCGCUGCCAUGUCUUGGGCAGAACUGGAUAGGGUUCAAGAAGAAUGUCAACCGUGCGACGACACAGGUGAUGAUGAAGACGGGGCAUGUUGAGAGGACGAAUGAUCGCGACUAUGAGAUUGAGGAACGACGAUACCGGACUAUGGAGACUGCGGCGAAUCGGUUGCAGAAGGAAGCUAAAGGAUAUCUGGACUCACUACGAGCCAUGACGGCGUCUCAAAUGCGUAUUGCAGAGACCAUCGAUGCAUUCUACGGCGACGCAGGCACAAGAGACGGGGUGAGCCGGAGCUACAAGCAAGCCGUCGAGGACCUCGACGCCGAGACAAUCAAGGCUUUGGACGGACCAUACCGAACCACCGUCCUUGACCCCAUCUCUCGAUUCUGCGCCUAUUUCCCCGACGUCAAUGAAUGCAUAAAGAAACGCAACCACAAGCUGCUAGACUAUGACGCCAUGCGUGCCAAGGUCAAGAAGCUCGCCGAAAAGCCCGACAAGGACGUGACCAAGCUGCCGCGGACCGAGCGCGAAGCCGAAAUGGCCAAGCAGGCCUACGAACAGCUGAAUGAGCAGCUCUUCAACGAACUCCCGCAGCUGAUCGACCUUCGUGUUCCCUACCUCGACCCCAGUUUCGAAGCUCUCGUUAAGAUCCAGUUGCGUUUCUGUGCCGAGGCGUACUCGCGCAUGGCACAGGUGCAGCAGUAUCUCGAUGCGGAGACGCGCGACCAAUAUGCCAAGGGUGAUCUGGAUAAUCGAGUUGAGGAGGUUUUGCAGGAGAUUCGGGAUUUGAGCAUUGCUGGGACUGUUUAAGGUCUUGGUUUGGAGUUUAUGAGCAUAAUGCCUUAUUGCGGGAUUGUUAUUCGCUUUUGUCGCCCUUAUUUCUUGUCCCUGUUUACGUGUUCAUGCUUGAUAGGAGUCCAUACUUCACUCUAUUCAAGUCAAUGCAAUGCAUGCAAAUGCAACAUAUAAUCACAAAGGUAUAAUCACAAAGGGUAUCACAAUAUCCAACAUAUCAUACAUUUACCCACACCAGUCCUCAAUAUAGACAAGACAGACAC